UGGCUUCUGCAAACCCAAAUGAAGAUGAGAAGAAUAAUAACGAUCUCACUCAUUUAAAAGAGAUUGACCUAGAGCAGUUAAAGCAUGAAUUUUCAAAGUUUCCUAUGUUAGAUGUUAAUACUGAAAAAUUCUAUGCCAACCAGAGUGCACAACACACUGCCAUACGUGAACGUCUAGGAACAGCUUAUGAUGUUAACAUGAGGUGGGAAGCCAAGAGACUGAAAUCUUUUUUAACUUGUAAAAGAAUAUCGUUUUGGGCACCAAUGGAGAUGGCCAGUGCUGGGAUGUAUUAUACUGGUGUUGAGGAUAGCAUGCAAUGCUUCUGCUGUGGAAUUGUUCUCUUUUGUACCAGAUUGACGUUAACUCCUCGUGAACAGCAUUUACAAUUGAACCCCUCCUGUGGCUUCAUUCAAGGCAAAGAUGUGGGAAACAUUGCUAAGUAUGAGGUUCGAGUGCAGACUUCAGAGACUGGUCAAGAGUCUGCAGAGGCUUACUCAACAGAGGAGGCAAGACUAAGCUCUUAUACCAACUGGCCGUUUUAUGCAAAGAUUCAACCUGUUCACCUCGCAAGCGCAGGAUUUUACUUUACUGGUAGAAGAGAUAUUGUCCAGUGCUUCUCCUGUGCUGGCUGCCUAGGACACUGGGAGGAAAAUGAUGACCCCUGGAAAGAACACUCCAAGUGGUUCCCUGAGUGCAAUUUUCUCAUUAGUAAGAAACCUCCUGAUGAGAUUAAAGUGCUCAUUAAUUCAUACAAUGGGUUUCCUGGAUUCACGGGAAAGCAUUUCCUCACUGGAGUGAUUGGCAGCACUGAGCCCUGUCAACCAAGUUAUACAAAAAUGAGCCUCUUUCAAGAUGAGAAUGUUCGUUUGGAGUCAUUUAAAAAAUGGCCUUCAGAUGCCAAAAAAGAUACUGCUUCAAUUGCCCGAGCAGGAUUUUACUACACAGGUAGAGGAGAUAUUGUCCUGUGCAUCUCUUGUGCUGGCUGUGUAUAUAACUGGGAGGAAAAUGAUGAACCCUGUAAAGAACACGCCAAGUUUAUCCCUGACUGUCCAUUUUUGCUAAAGACAGAGACAACACCUGAAGAUCUGAAAAAUCCUGAUGAAGAAAAGAAGGACGUCCACAUGAAAGUCAGCGAUUCAAUCACCUAUAAUAAAUUCUGCCCUGUGGAAGUCAUGGAAUUAAGAAAAUCUCUGAUGGAAUUGUAUAAUAAUCCUACAUUCAGAAAAUCAUUCCCAUUUCCAGGCUCCUCUCAUGUUUCUAUUGAUUUGAGCUUACUGUUUGCAGAUGUGUUCUUUGCACUCAAGAGCGUCACAAACAGGACAUUGAAUGUCCUGACAUUACCAGAAAUUCUAACAGAUCUGAACGACAUCACCAUGAUAGAAGGGGAAGCUGGCAGCGGUAAAUCUGCUCUUCUCAGGAAGAUUGCCAUUCUGUGGGCCUCUGGGUCCUGUCCUGUACUUAGCAGGUUUAGUCUUGUGUUUUAUAUUUCCCUUUCUUCUACUGGAAGAGAGCAAACUAUGAGUGAUAUCAUCUGCCAACAACUCAUCGGAUCCUCAACUUCUCUGACAGAAGACAGUCUAGCAGAAAUGAUAAAGCAGUUUAAGAACCAGGUUCUGUUCUUGCUGGAUGACUACGGCAUGAUAGACUCAUCUCCAGAAUCCAUAGAGGAACUAAUAAAAAUGAACCACUGGAAUAGAGUGAGUCUGGCAGUCACUGUGAACCCAGAUAAGGGUCGUAAUCUUCGCCAAUAUGCAAGGACUAUACUGAGCAUCCAAGACUUUCCCACCUGUAGCUCCAUCUUUUUUUUAAAAAAUCUUUUCUCACACAAUUUAUCAAUUGUGGACAGAAUUACCAAUGAGCUGAUAUCUACUGACACAUUGCGGUUAGUUUUAAAGUCUCCUCUUUUUGCUUUCUGCUUAUGUGUUUUAUGGGUACAAGACCCAGCUGAAAAAAUAUCAGGGGACAUGAUGGUAUGGAAGUCCUAUCUGAUGCAUGUCAUGUUGAGAUAUCCUACUGAAAGAGAGAAAAUAAAUGCUGUUGUGUCUUCAUGUGAAGAAUUUGCAAUUGAAAGCAUCUUUAAAUUACGCUUCGAAUUCACACACGAGGACCUAAGAGAAUCUGCAGUGAACGUCAAUGAUGCUGUUAAAUAUAAAAUAUUGAGCAUGUUCACCGCACAGAGACUCCGACCCAUUUUUAAAUUUCUUCACCCUUCAUUUCAAGAGUUUUUAGCUGGAAAACGAAUGAAUGAACUUUUGCAGUCUGGAGAUGCAACAGAGAAGGAGAGAGGCUUGUCGUUCCUCCAAAGCAUUAAUACCAUCUCAAAAGUCCAUGGACGUUUCUUCUAUUUCUUAAAGUAUACAUGCAUGCAUUCCCCUGAAACUACAGCAAUGGUCAUCUCCCAUAUGUUCAGUUUACUGGAAAGUAGAGAAGUAUUUCAUGGUCAGCGAGAUAAAAAGGAUAUUCACCUACAACAACACCCUGAACUAAAAGUCAUGGACAUAUCUGACAAUUUAUUUAAAGAGAUGGACAUUUUUAAAAGCCUUAUCAACGUUCCAGGCAUGGACUCUCAUGAUUAUAUGAUUGAAGGUAUAUUGAGUGCGGCUAUUGCAAUAGCUAAUGAGAGCAAUCACCUGCCUCACUGUGUACCCAUCCUAUUGAUGUUUCUCAAAGGAAAAACAAUAUCUGUGCUCUUGUCAAAACCAAAUAUGAGACUGCUUGGAUUUCUUCAUAGAUAUCCAGAAGGACUUUCGUUAAUGGAGAGAAUGGAAAUACAUGUACCUCAAGCUACUAUGGGUUUAAACCUGAAUUUUUUGACUAGUGAGAGCUUUAGAUCUAUGUGGCCUGUCCCAACGGUUGAUGAGGACUAUUACAAAGCAUUUGAGCUUUCAUCUGAUCUUCUAAAAAGGGCACGUAUGCCAGAAUUGGAUUAUAUGGGUGUAAACAUUGAUGAUCUAUCCACCCUUGGCUUCACUCCAGACAUUCACAGGAUCAUGUCACUUACUGUCAAAGUGCAUGGUUGUCCCGUUGAGAGCGACAACAUCCUGGUUAAUAUUAUGUUUUUCUGUAGUCUUUCCACUCAAAUUGAUCUGGAUUUAAACAGUUGCCCAGGAUUUCUUGAAAAUUUGUGGCCCUGCAUAGAUGAAUACAAAACCUCCAUUGCCAGUCUCAGUAUUACAUUUACAAAGCUGACCGUAGAGGACCAAGAAUUGAUUACCCAUCUGACUGCAUUGCAAAGUCUGAAGAUAAUUUCAAUGCCACCACCAGAAUUUGUACUGUUAAAUAUACAGGCUUUCAAAGCACUGAAAGAACUUGUGGUGUGCUGUCCCAUGGAUGACAAUAAAUGGGAAGUCAUUGAUCUUCUAUCAGAUGAAUUUAAAAGCAUGCACAAUAUUGAAAAGAUUGUUUUUGAGAAUAUUAACAUGGAAAGACAUGCCGGCCGAUUAGCCAGUUUUAUUGAGCAUUUCCAUAAUCUGAUCUCUUUUAAAAUGGAAUGUAAAUACUGCCCUGGGAUUGGGAAUAUUAUCAAUUCAUUAUGUCGGAAUGGAAAGCUGCAAGAACUCCGGUUUCCAGAACUCUUAUUUCAUAACCAGGAAAUUAUCCAUCUGGGUUCUGCUUUACCCUCACUCAGAAAUCUAAAGAUUUUGGAAAUAGAAUUUGAUUAUUCUGCAAAGGCUGAGCCAGUGAUAGCAUUUGUUGAAGGCUUAGCCUGUCUGGAACACCUUGAAGAAUUUACAUUUCCUGGUGGAGAUGGUGUUCGAGAAACUAUGACGUCCUUCAUUCAGACACUCCAGCAUAUGCCCAAACUCGCCAAUCUCACCAUACAGCGUCGAUUAUUAAAUGACAGCAGCCUGCUGGAGUUAGCCAAAAUAAUAGCUGCCGGCCAUUUGAGAAAUCUCCAGAAAUUAGACCUCGAUAAUAACCUCCACAUCACGCAGUCUGGAUGGAGAGACUUCUUCCUUCUACUAGAUAAUCUGCCAAAAUUAACCGUUCUUCAUAUUUCCAGAACGAUUUCUCACCAGUAUGUAACGGAUCCUGUGACCUUUAUUACUUUAACCCAGAGUGUGUCCCGACUUCAUAGCCUGGAGACAUUGUCUAUGUUAGGCUGGUUGCUUGAUGACAAAGACAUUGAGAUGUUUGAUUCAAUGAAAAUGAAGCAUCCACAGUCAAAGGUGUUAACCUUAUUCUGGAAAUGGACACUGCCAUUCUCCCCAGUACUCACCAAAUAAAUUCCAUUAUUGCAUAACCAAGGGCAGAUUUAGGUAAAGGCACAGUAGGUCUGGCCAGACGUAUGCCAAAAGGCCACUCUUUGGCCUACUAUAGAAUCUAUAGAAUUCUAUGGACAUGUCCAGUAUAUAUGUUGGGAACGUUAGGUGUACCCAACAAACACAUGUAAAUAGAGCCUUAGUAUACUAACAUUACAGUGGUCCCCAACCAUUAUGGUACCACGGACCAGUUCCAUGCAAGACAAUUUUCCCACAGACCAGGUGUG